CUUCGAAGCUUCAAUUUAUUUGCGAACCCAACCUAACCUCACUGUCGUCCUGACCUGCGAGCUCUCUCUCCCGCCCAGUGCUGGGCCUCAACUGCACCCUCCACCUCGACAUGCGUCCGCUACCACACUCACUAUGGCUGCUCCUCGCCGCACAAAUCGAAGCCCGGGCGCAGGCCCAGGCUGAGUCGCAGGCCCAGCAAUACCUCCACCCGACGGCCAUCCGCAAGAUGCCGCCCGACCCUGGUGCCAAGUUCUACCACGAGUACUGCGCCUUUCCCGAGAACGCCGCUUUCGCUCCAGCACCCCCACUACCACCGCCGCCACCACGCAAGCCGCUCGUGGCACGAGCCGCGCGAACCGCCCUCGACGCCGACGACGCCCGCCGGCUAGCAGGCAACGCAUCGAGCGAGCUACCGCUGCGCCCGCCAUUCGCCCUCCUCUCCGGGCCCGAGUUCGUCGACGACGCCGACGCAGAGCAAAUACCUCGGCCGCCGCCGCCACAACCACCCCCACCGCCAUCAGCAGCAUGGGACCUCUUCCGGCGCGCGGCGUCGGCGGUCGCCUUCCUCGAGAGGCGCCAGUGGGCCUGCCCGAGCGGCACCAGCAGCUGCGCCUCGAUCGGGUACCCCAACAGCUGCUGCGGCGCGGGCGAGACCUGCGUGCAGGUGGCCGACACGGGGCUCGGCCCGGUGGGGUGCUGCCCGGCGGGCGCGACCUGCGGCGGCGGCGUCUCGGGCUGCGCCGACGGCAGCACCGCCUGCGCGAGCGAGCUCGGCGGCGGCUGCUGCAUCCCCGGGUUCGUGUGCCAGGGCGUGGGGUCACCAUCCCGCUCCCGACCCCCUCCACAGUCCUCGUGA